CCCUUUCCGUCUCUUUCUCUUCCUUCUUUCUUUGCUUUUCGUCUCUCUCUCUUUCUUUCUUUCCAUCUCUUCUUCUUUCCUUUUCCAUUCUUUCCUUUUCCAUCAAUCUUGUCUCUGCUCUUCCUUCUUCUUUCUUUCCUUUUCAUCUCUUUCUUUCUUCCCAUCUCUUCCUUCUUUCCUUUUCCAUCAAUCGAUUUCUUCCACUCCUCUUUCUCCCUUCACUGGCUCUCUCAGGUACUUAAAUCAAGCGACGAGGCGGGUGACGGGCGAGGCGGCAAGGCGGGUGACGGGCGGCGAGGCACGGCGGUGGUUCGAGGCGAGGCGGCGGGAGCUCGGCAGUCAGGGGCUCGAGGCGCGACGGGGGCUCGAGGCGAGGCGGCGGGAGCUCGGCAGUUGGGGGCUCGAGGUGAGGCGGCGGGAGAAGUUCCUUUGGGGUUUUGGAGAAUUAAGGCGGCGGCGAGCUCUGCACUUGCAAAAAUGGAGGCGGCAGCUAGGGUUUGGGGGGAAUGGGUGUGUUUAAGGUCCCAACGGAGUGUACAGUGUCAUUUGAUGGGGCACCCGAGGGGAGGGGGUCAGCAUGGACAAAAAUCUUGCCAGGGAUCAAAGCAUCGUCCCAAAUCAAAAUUUGCUUCCCAUUCCCGACUCUCCAUGUGAACCCAUCAACAAUCUGGUCCUUUGCCUCCAUGAUGCUUCUCCAAAUAAAACUUGGUCUAUACCCUAGUUUAGCAUUUGAGAUGUCCGACUUAGGGAAAUAUUGCGCCUUCAACACGCUCGCCAUCAAGGACUAAGGUCUGGUUAUGAUACUCCAAACUAGCUUUCCAAGCAUAGCCAGGUUAAAAACUUUCAAGUCUCUAAAACUCAAACCACCUUCUUCUUUCCCAUCACAGAGCUCCUCCCAAUCCAGCCAAUGCAAUUUUGUUUCUUUUCCUUUUUGCCCCCACCAAAAACUGGAAUCAUAGACUGAAUUUCGUUAAGGGUGCCAUAUGGGAUCCGAAAGACCGACAUUGGAUACAAAAGUUGAGCUGGGG